GAGCCGUUAUCUGCCUGCUGUCAGGCCUGGCUAACGGUAAAACUGUCCUAGUGCCUCACUUCCUUGGUUUCUUACAGCAUUUCCUGACCACAAAUCGAUAAACCACUGACAUGUUUGGAAGGGGAAAAUCUUUUAAGAAAGGACAGGAAGCUGAUGUUUAAACUCUCAGUCUCACAAGUCGACAAGAGAGAGAAAACUCUGAUCUUUCAACAAUUUAAAGCACAAUAAACCUCAGCAUCUGCAUCAAGGGCUUGAAUAACCUGUUGUGAAAGAUUACCAAGGAAUCUAUCCUGUCUGUUUUUACUCACGAUGCAAAACCACUUUCUGCUACUACAUGUCGACUAAAGUCUGUGUCAAGAUGUAAGCCUGGACUGCCUGUUGAUCAAGUCGAAUUCACUGGAAUUUUUCACUAAUGGUUGCUUUCAAACAGCUCUUUGUGUUGAAGUAAAUUGAGGCAAAGGCGACUCAAGACAACUUGCUCACCCAUGAAGAACAAGGGAGCAAAACAGAAAACAAAACGCAAGGGUGCAAAGGAAGGUGCCUUUGGCUGUGACCUGACGGAAUACUUACAGAACACUGGACAGGAUGUUCCUCAAGUCCUAAAAAGCUGUGCUGGAUUCAUUGAGAAAAAUGGGAUUGUAGAUGGAGUUUACAGACUCUCAGGGAUCACAUCCAACAUCCAAAAGCUGAGGCAGGAGUUUGGUACAGAGCAAUCCCCUGACUUGACCAAAGAAGUGUAUCUGCAAGACAUUCACUGCGUGGGUUCUCUCUGUAAGCAGUACUUCCGAGAACUUCCAAAUCCUCUCCUCACUUAUGAACUGUACAAAAAAUUCACAGAGGCGGUGUCGGCUCAGUCAGAGGAGGAGCAGAUUCUCAGAAUCCACAAUGUCAUCAAAGAACUGCCUUCUCCACAUUACAGGACCUUGGAAUACCUGACAAAACAUUUGACACACAUUGCUUCCUUCAGCUGUGAGACAAAUAUGCACUCCAGGAAUCUGGCACUUGUCUGGGCUCCCAAUUUACUGAGAUCAAAGGAAAUAGAAGGCUCUGGUUAUAAUAAUGAUGCCGCGUUUCUGGAGGUGCGGGUUCAGUCUGUUGUCAUUGAGUUCAUCCUGAAUCAUGUCAAUCAGCUGUUCAACAACAAUGCAAACCAGCCUGGCCAAGAGAAUGAAGCGCACAAUUCUAUUUCAAAAUGUAAAUCGCUUCCUCUUGUAUCACCGUCCAUGAAACUCCUAACGUUAGAGGAGGCCCAAGCCAGGUCUCUCAGCCCAAACCAUCCAGCUCGACUUGAAAAGUGGCACUGUGCUCCCAUGGACACUGGACCUGCUGCUGGGACAAUUUAUCACACAGUCAUUGAUCUGCCAGAUCCCAGAAGAAAACUUUCUGCAAAAGCAAAGAAAUGGAAAUCCAUCUUUAACCUAGGUCGCUCGGGGGCUGAUUCUAAGGGCAAACUGAGCAGGAACAGCAGUGUAUUCAUAAGAGGCCGUAAGCUCUCUGAAAAGGCCAGCAUCCGACCAGCUAAAAGCAUGGAUUCCCUUUGUUCUUUGCCUGCAGAAGACGAUAAACACGCAGCCACUUUGGGAGGAGGCCUCUCGCCUGCUAUGAAGUCGCACACAAUUGGCUCAGGAGGUUCUUAUCUAGGCAGGAGACACAGUGACUGGGAUCAGGAGGAUAUUCUUGGUGCUAUUGGAGGCUGUGCCAGUAACGCCAGUAAAGAAACAGUGGCUAAAGAGAUGCUGCCACUCAAGCCACAGCCAGAGCCGCUUAAAGUUAUUCGUGGAGAUGCCCUCAACAAGUCAGAACCCACCUCGCCAAAGACUAGACGCUUGUUUUAUUCAACAAAUCUCAAUGAAGCUUCAAUGAAAUCCAAUUUCCCAGGGAACCUGUUCCCCCUUGAAGCAUCCCCAAGACAUCACAGGAAACCAAUAGCUGUGAAUAUAUCAGAGCCCUUUUCUGUUUCUGUCCCAUUGCAUAUCUCAGGAAUUAUCAGCCCAGGCACCACACCAUGCAAGGAACCACAGAAAAAUGGACCAGAUUUGAGCAACUCGUCUCCACAGGACAAUAGCAGCACAGUCUCCCAAUAUGAAAGCAACAAUCUGCCCCCAGCCAAGCAUGAGAAAGUAACAAGAGAACCUCUUAACCAGCCGUUUCCCAAUCCCUUUUCCAGCAGGGCUGAAAUGAAAGAUAAUCAGAACAUAGAGAAAAGAGAGUUACGUGAAUCCCAGACGAUUGCUAUUUCCUCCAAGUCUUUCAAUCUGCCAAUGCCUUUCCCUAAUGUCACAAUCCAACCUUCUGAGCGACUGCAGUCAGCAAGCUCUUCAUCUACAGACAGCAGCUCAAAUCUCCCAGACAGAGAAAAGCAAGAGGAGAGCCAUGCACUGCCAAGCCCACUUACAGAGAGUCCGUGUGAGAACUGUAACCAUAAGACAGUCUCUGAAGGCAGCAAAACAGACCAAACAGCAACAAAACAGGACCAAGAGGUCAACGAAUCCUCUGCUAAAGCGUUUAUGGAGCAGCUUUGGCCAGAUAUCAAAGAAGAGCUCAAGAUUACAGAACCUGAGACUGUCACCAUUGCCAGUGUUCAAGAAAAAGGGGAAAAAAGUUUGCUUCCGUCUUAUGACAAAAACGAAAUAAAAGAAAAAUCCUUACCUCAUGCUUCACCAGACCUACCUUGUACUGAACCUCAGAAAAAACACAGUUCUAACCAGUUCUUACAAAGUCCGUGCCUGUCUGCAAUGACUGAAACUAACAAAGACACAUGCCCAACCUGUACACAUCACAUACUUUUAACUGAAGAAAGCAAUGUAUCGGAUCAAACCUUGUCUCAACCUCAGCACAGUCAACCCAUGAGAGUCUUGCUGGACAUUUCAUCAGAGACAGAACAGGCUCAGUCUACAGCAGAUAAAAAUAUUUUAAUAGAGAACCCAUCAAUCAUGUAUGCAAAACCAUCUACAGCUAAUUCCAUCUCAAAUGAUUCUGAGUGCAAUCUAGGUCAACCUACUGAUAGUGGGUUGAUUGAGAGAGAUCAAAGGCCCGCUCCUUUUCAUGAAGUUCAGACCUCAGAACUUCGGAUCAGGGAUGGUAUUUCCAAAAAUACUGAACUGAGCCCUAAAUCAAACGUUAAUCUUUCAGGAAUGUACGCAGGAGAUGUCUUCUAUAUUCAAACAAAACCUGCUACGGUUAAUCUGCUGAACAUUAAAAAGAAUCAAAAGGAGCAGUUGCCAGAUAGACCAUCAAACCUCAAAUCCCUCGCAUCUCAGACAGAUAGUAUUGAGCUCCUCACCCCUGAGCACUGGAUAGACAAUGACACAUUCCAGAAGUCCAGCUCUCAUUCCUCCCAGCGGACUAAAGAUGAGGAAGAAUGUUUGACAGAAGUGCCAGAAAAAGUGUAUGGUUUCUCACAGAUAGUUACUAAUAUUUCCCAGGAAAAAGAUUGGCCUGAUCCUCCUCCACAAAUAUUGUUCUUUGAUGAUUGUACAGAUAAAAUUCUCCCCGAGGAUUCUUACAGUAGCUCAUACCAGUCAGUUAAUGAAGAUAUUGGUUGGAGUGAACAGUGUCCAGAGGUGCCAUCUAGAGUUUUCAAAUCUGAGCCUUCAAGGAGUACUUGUCCUGUAAUUAAACUUGUAACAUUUCCAAAUGAAGCGGAAGAAGCUACAAGUAGUGAGCUAAAUGUUCCACUAAAUAAGCACAAUUCAGUGUCAUCUAAAGAAUCACAGAGUAUGAAUACUGGAAGCACAGGGGCAGCAACAUGCUUAGUUAGUGUGGGCACUGAACUCAUAGUGAAGAACUCUGAUGGAAUCAAAGAAUACUGCCUAAAAUGUGAAGAUAAGCCCUUAUCUCUUCAUUCAGAUCCCACAAAGACAGACAAACAUCCUGUGCCUCAUGGAGGUUUUGUCCAGUCAAUCCCCAUUGGUGUGACAGCUGUUCGAACCACCUACAUGAUAAGGACAUGUCAAGUGAAGGCUGUGCCAGUCAUUCCUCCAAAAGUACAAUUUACCCAGGUCCCCCAACCUUUACAGAAGAAGUACGCAGCAGCCCCUUUCCUUCCUCUUGAUAAAGUAUUGACAGCAUUGCAACCUAGCAUAGUGUAUGAGUCAACUUGUCCUGAGAGCAAAAAUGGACCGGAAACAUGUCAUCCAAGUUUGCCAAUAACUGAAACUAAAGAAGGGAAGGAAAAUGACCUGCCAAUUUCAACAAAAUCCAAAGUGUCUGGACAUCAAACCCACAUUGUUCCACCUGACCCCACUGUCUCGCAGUCCAAAACCACCCAGGAAGCUCCAGUUGUAAGAAGAGCCUGCAAGACAAAUGGAGAAGAUGUAAUGGGCAGUCCAACAUCUUCAAAAGCAGAAAGAUCUCCAGCCCUGCAAAAACACGCUUUUUUGCGGCACACACAGCACAGGACAAGGCCGGGCAGGCCACAGAGCCUCAUCCUGUUCAGCUCGCCAUGGCCUAAUAUGGAGCGUACUUCUUCAGUGGAGUCCAACAAGGUGCUUCUUAGCCCCAUAAGAUCUAGCACUGAUCAAUUACACCAAUUGGGACUUGACUGCUCCACUUCUGGUGGCUGCUCUAAUGAACUCAAUGAAAAUCAGAAGGCGCCAGAGGGUGUUACUCUUCGAAGUAAAAUGAGCAUCCCUAAAAAUGGUCAGAGAUUGGAGACUUCAACAAGUUGCUUCUAUCAACCUCAGAGAAGGUCCAUGAUAUUUGAAAACAGAGGUGGUAGGCAAAUCGAAUGAUUAAGUUACAUAUCUGUCAACCUAAGGUUGGCUGGACAAGAUUUAUUUCUGCAAAAUCUUUUUCACCCCCCCAACAAUCCAUAAGUAUCCUUUCAGCCACUUCUCAAACGGUCACAAAACACUGAUAAACAUUUAAAUUGUGUAGCAGAAAGAGCACAAAAUAGAAGAUAUGGCAUAGUUGGCCUUUGUGCAGGUUAUGAAAUAAUGUCAUUCGGACAACCAGUAUAGAGUGUGGGAAGAUCACACAUGGCAGCCAUUCAGUGAACGAAAACUGCAUAUCUUUAAUUUUAACAUGGAUCACAUCAAACAAAAUAUAUCCAUGUAUAUAUCUUAAGUGAAGAAUUAUAUGUAUAAAAAAACCUGGUGAACAUUUUGCUUUUUUAAAAAAACAUAUUUUUAAGUGUCUUAUUAUGUGCAAUGAAUACAAGUCAGAUCUGGUUACUGCAAGGCUGUACAGCACUCUGUUCUAAUACUGAUAGUUUAGCUUUCCCACUACAAGAGAGUGGAUGCUCUUUUCCCAAUAACUUCAAGGUGUAUAAUACUGUAAUAUUUAUUACACCUUUUAAACUCUUAAGUCAACAAUAUGAUAACAGCUACCAGUAUGUGCAUUAUUGGUGAUUAUUGUACUUAGCGAUUAUUUUUUCACCAGUGAUGGAUGUCCUGCUGUUUGAUUACUUGAUAUACUCUAUAUUAUUUGAUAUAGAUCGUGAAUUCAAAUGAUUAUAUUUUCCAAAUGCAAUUAGGAUCCCAUCCCACUUCCUAACAAAAUUACAAAAGAACUGAAUUAUGUCAUUGGCUAAAGCAGAUAACCUACAAUACAUGGGCUGCUGUAUUAUUUAUCUGGAGACAACUAUCACAAAGGAUAAAGAUUCCAUCAACGUUCCCAUCAUUGCUUUAUUUCUCAAUUUCAAAUGUUUAUGUAUCUCUAUAAUUUUUGCUACAUUGUCAAAUAUUAAAUGUAAGCAAUUGCCAAAAAAACAAAGAGAAUUAAAAGAUUUGAAAAACAAUACACAUGUGGCUUCCCAAUUAUUUUAGGAUUUAUUUUAGAGUGUGAAUUACUUUAAGAGCCUUCUUCAUUUCAUAGGGAAUCACCAGUU